AAGUAUACUCAUUUCAAGUAAAGGAUCAGUUUCAGGGUUCAGGUUGAAGUGUCUUGAUGACAAGAAUUCAGGUUCCAAGGAGAAGCCCAUAAGGCUAAGGGUAUUGGAUAUAACGGAAAGUGGAAGCUAUACCUGACUUCCAGAGAAUGUGGACUGGAUAUAAGAUCUUAAUCUUCUCUUACCUUACUACAGAAAUCUGGAUGGAGAAGCAGUAUUUACCUCAAAGAGAAGUGGACCUAGCAGCUUAUUUCACUAGGAAUCACACCGUUUUUCAAGGUACUCGAUUCAAAAGAGCCAUUUUCCAAGGGCAAUACUGUAGAAAUUUUGGCUGUUGUGAAGACAGAGAUGAUGGCUGUGUCACUGAGUUCUAUGAGGCGAAUGCAUUGUGCUACUGCGAUAAAUUCUGUGACAGAGAAAAUUCUGAUUGCUGUCCUGACUACAAGUCCUUUUGCCAUGAAGAGAAAGAAUGGCCUCCUCACACACAGCCUUGGUAUCCAGAAGGUUGCUUCAAAGAUGGUCAACAUUAUGAAGAGGGAUCAGUAAUUAAAGAAAACUGCAACUCCUGCACAUGCUCAGGACAGCAAUGGAAAUGUUCCCAGCAUGUAUGCCUUGUUCGUCCAGAAUUAAUUGAACAUGUCAAUAAAGGAGACUAUGGAUGGACAGCACAGAACUACAGCCAAUUUUGGGGAAUGACUUUAGAAGAUGGUUUCAAAUUUCGCCUUGGCACUUUGCCACCUAGUCCCAUGCUCCUGAGCAUGAAUGAAAUGACAGUAAGUGUUCCUUCUGAUUCAUGUGUGGCUGCUGACCGAAUAGCAAUUCAGUCUAAGGGUCGAUACACGGCCAAUCUAUCCCCUCAGAAUUUGAUCUCUUGCUGUGCCAAGAACCGUCAUGGGUGCAAUAGUGGAAGCAUCGAUAGGGCUUGGUGGUACCUGAGAAAACGUGGACUGGUAUCCCAUGCAUGCUAUCCACUUUUCAAAGACCAAAAUGCCAACAAUGGAUGUGCCAUGGCAAGCAGGUCUGAUGGGCGAGGAAAACGGCAUGCCACAAAGCCAUGUCCCAACAACAUAGAAAAAUCUAACAGGAUCUACCAAUGUUCUCCUCCAUACAGAGUCUCUUCCAGUGAAACUGAGAUAAUGAAAGAAAUCAUGCAAAACGGACCAGUUCAAGCCAUAAUGCAAGUCCGUGAGGAUUUCUUCCAUUAUAAGACAGGGAUAUACAGGCAUGUUACCAGCACAAACAAAGAGUCAGAAAAAUACCGAAAGCUUCAGACACAUGCAGUCAAACUUACUGGAUGGGGCACACUGAGAGGAGCACAAGGGAGGAAAGAAAAAUUUUGGAUUGCUGCCAAUUCCUGGGGAAAGUCAUGGGGAGAGAAUGGCUAUUUCAGAAUUCUUCGAGGAGUAAAUGAGUCUGACAUUGAAAAGUUGAUUAUCGCAGCUUGGGGCCAACUGACAAGUUCCGAUGAACCAUAACGUAUCAUUAAAUUUCCAUAAGGCCAUGCCUUUAAGUAACCCCCUAAAUUGAAGUUUAGCAAUAUGACAUUCUUGGUGACAAUGGAAUCUUUGUCUCUUCACCGUGUUAAGAUAAUCUAUCUAUUUUCUUAUAUUCCCCCCUGGUCUAUGCUUCUGCUUCCUUCAUAUUACUGAGCAUAAAAAACACCAAUAAAGGACAGCAGAGUGCCUAAGUGCCUUUAAAGUUC